CUACACACACACAGAUACAAAUACACACGCACACAACACACAUUGAUACGCGUUCGUCAUCAGUCGCCUCCUCCACUGCCCUGCCGCUGCCGCUGCCGCCUGCCUCUGCAGUUGGUCCCCGUGGCUCCUGGGCCCUUGCCAUUGUGACAUUUGAUUUAUUUGACGUGUGUGUGUUUUUGAUAGAAGCUCAACACGAAACUGACACGUUCACACAAACACACUCACACACACGUACGCGUGAGGAAAGGCUCUGCCGCUGACGCUGCUUCUGCUGCCUCUGCUGCCACCCCCCACCCAACACCCUGCUCUUCGCUGUGUGCUUAAGAAUUUCGAAUUUCUUGUGGCGAACAAAAAUAAAAUUCAACGCGUUUUUCGCAUAUGUUUCUUCGAACAAAAAGUGUGACACAAACAAAUACAGAAAACAACAAAAACAACAACAACAAAAAGUAAACCGAACCGCACCGCAGCUAUCGGCGCUAUCAAUGGCAGCGACGAAAUUAAUUACCAAACAACAGUAAUCUUAAAUAGUUCUAUAAUUAAAUAAAUAAUAUUUGAAAGAAAAGUGAAACAACCCAAAACAAAAAAAUAAAAAUAAUAAUUGCUGCCACAAAAUGAUGCUGCACGAGGCUGUCAUGCUGGAGAUCUAUCGCCAGGCAUUGAGUGCAAGCGAAUUGGCCAGUCCGCGUUGUCAGUCCCGCGAAUCGAAUGCCUCGGCGGGCGCAGCACCUGGCGAUGGCCGGUGUCCGUCGAACGAGUCGCACUGCUCCGCCAAUGAUUGCCUCACGCCGGCGCCCACACCAACGCCCACACACACGCACACGCACACGCCCACCUCCCCCACCGUGGGACUGCCGCUGACGGCGACACUGGCGCCGGGAGCUGCUGCGGCACUGCUGCCGCCACAAUCGGCGGCGAUGGCCGCAUACCUGGCGGCCGCACAACAGAAUCACCUGCUGCUGACGAAUCCCCUGGCGGCAGCGGCCUCGCUGGUGCAGCAGGCGACGCAACAGGCGGCCGGAAUGGGCUCGCCGGGCAGCCUGGUGGCCGAGGAGGAGGCCCCGGCACUGGAUUUCAGCAGGAAGCGACCCGCCAGCGUGGAGGAGGAGCCGAUGGCCAGCGAUGAGGAGGAGCCGGAGCCGGAGCCAGAGCAGGCCGAAUCGGGCGACAAUGGACCGCUGGAUCUGUCGGUGAGCGCCAGGAAGCGACAGACAACGGUGGAGGAGCGGGAGCGGGAGCGUGAGCGGGAUUCGCCUGUCCGCAAGCUGCCACGUGCCACGGACUACAAAUCGCCGCUGCCGCCGGGCAGCUGGGUGCCACCGCUAAAUCCCUACCUGGCGGCCGUGGCGGCCAAGAAGAUGGCGCCCAGCGAGGCCACCAAAGCGCUGGAGAAGAUGAGCGAAAUGAGCCGCCUGGAGACGCCACCGCCAGUGAGCAGCAGCAGCAGCAGCGGUGGCAGUCACAGUCACAGGAGUGCGGCAGCGUCAGCAGGAGGCGGUGCAGGGGGACGACACAGCGCCUGGCAGUCGCAUUGGCUGAACAAAGGCGCCGAUGCGGCCAAGGAUGUGUUCAAGUGCGUGUGGUGCAAGCAGAGCUUCGCCACUUUGGCCAGCCUCACGACCCACAUGAAGGAGACGCAGCACUGCGGCGUACAGAUACCCUCACCCUCCUCCUCCUCCUCCGGCGCCGCCAACGCUGCCGCUCAGGCCAUGCCCCGCGUGCCCACAUCCACCUCGACAUCGGCAUGCUCCAGCAGCAGCAGCAGCACCUCCACCACAUCCUCAAACUCCUCCAAAUCGGAGCUGAAUAUGCUCAUCAAGGAGACAAUGCCGCUGCCCCGGAAGCUGGUGCGCGGCCAGGACGUGUGGCUGGGCAAGGGCGCCGAGCAGACGCGGCAGAUCCUCAAGUGCAUGUGGUGUGGCCAGAGCUUCCGUUCGCUGGCGGAGAUGACCAGCCACAUGCAGGAGACGCAGCACUACACGAACAUCAUAUCGCAGGAGCAGAUCAUCUCCUGGAAAUCGGGCGACGAACGGGAACGCGACAGACCCAAUGCGCCGCCCAAUGGCAGGGACAGUGGACAAGCAGCAGCAGCAGCAGGAGCAGCGCCUCCGCCAGCCGGCAGCAGUGGCAGCACAGCGGCCAGCGUCAGUGCGGUGCUCACGUGCAAGGUGUGCGAUCAGGCAUUCUCCACGCUCAAGGAUCUCAGCACACACAUGGCCCAGCAGUCGCACUACAAGGACUCGCCCUCGGCCAUGUCCUCAUCCUCCUCGGUGUCGCCGCCAGCGCCGCCUGCCACAGCCACAGGAGCCACAGCAGCAGGCAACAGCAAACGCGGACGUCAGACACGCAAUGAGAAGCGCAAGAAAUCGCUGCCGGUGCGGAAACUGCUGGAGCUGGAGCGUUCCGGCUCCAACUGCAGCCUGGAUUCGGCCCUGAAGCCGUUGAGGGACUUUGCUGCCGCCACGAAAAUCACCUGCGAGAAGUGUGGCAGCAAGAUCGAGACAGCUCUGUUUGUGGAGCAUAUACGCAAGUGCCUGGGCGACAGCAUACCCAUACCACCCAGGCGUACGCAUGGCCAGCAUCAGGCGAUGGCGAUGGAUCGCCUGCCGAGUCCCGGCAUGACGGGCGAGAAGCCGCCGUCCGUGCUGAAUGCCCUGGAGCAGCUGAUCGAGAAGAGUUUCGAGUCGCGGGGAUCGCGCGGCCUGCACCCCGGCGGCGGCGGUGGUUACUCCGACAUGGGCACCCCAUUGGGCGCCAGCAUCCUGAAGCGUUUGGGCAUCGAUGACAGCAGCGACUACACCAAGCCCCUGAUGGAUGCCCAUGCGAUGCACCUGCUGCGCUCCUCUUACGCGUCGCGGGAUCGCAGUGCCAGCGAGUCGAGCAGCGCCAGUCGCGUGGAGUCUGCCUAUACGCCGGACAGGCAGCAGGCCACGCCACGCCGGACACCGGAUACACCGGCGCCAGCGCAAGCUCCUCAGCCGCCGCCGCCGCCAGCAGCAGCGCCAACCAUCAAGGCGGAACCCUUGGAGCUGGAUCAUGGCGAAAUGGAGGCCAGUCCGCGGCAGCACAUCAAUGUGAAGAAGGAGUUUAGCAUGGACUCGGCGGCAGGAAACCUGCGCGAGAGUCCCAGAUCCAGCAGCCAAUCGCCAGCAGCGCAGCCAACGACCGGAGGCACUCAGGACAGUGGCAGCUUAUUGGCCCUGAAUUCGAUGUUUGAUCAGCUGAGUGGCGUGGAAGCGAACAAUAAUAAUAAUAAUACGGGACACUGUUAUAACAACAACAACAAUAAUACGAGCAAUAUUUCCACUAAAAAACCAAAGGCCCAUCCCUUGGCGGCACUGCAGAAACUCUGCGAGACAACAGAUCCACCGGCCUGCAAUACGCGCAGUGCAGCAAGCACCACAACAACAACAGGCGCUGCCACGGCGGGCAUGGGCAACGGUGUCAACGAUCUGGUGGCCUUCAGCUGGGCCUGCAACGAGGCGGUGCUGAGUGCCAGCAGCGGUGGCGCUGGCGAUGCAGCCAUCAUCAAGUGCUCCUUCUGUGAUACGCCGUUCGGUUCGAAGGGCGCCUAUCGCCAUCACCUCUCGAAGGUGCACUUUGUCAAGGACAAUGGCGAGGAUUCACCGACUAUGAAGUCGCCGGGAGCUGCAGCACAGUCACCCAAAUCCCUGCCAAUGGCCUCGCCCAAGCGAUCCGCUUCCAGGAGUCCGGCAGUGGCGGCGGCACAGCAACCAUCGCCAUCGCCCACCAUCAAUCCGUAUGACGAGAGUCCGCAGUCAAAGUUCUUGAAGUACACGGAAUUGGCCAAGCAGCUGUCAUCGAAGAAUGCCUAAAGAGGCGCCGAAUGAGAGUAGUGUGUGGGUCUGUUAAACUAAGAUCUCCGACUAAAUUAAGCAGCGUAGUGAACCGUAGAGAAAAUGUAUUUUAUGCAGCGAAAGCCUCGACAGGCGGACAGAUCUCUUGCAACGGACAUGACUUUUAGUUGGAGUUUUUAAUGGACUCCUAAAAGAUCCCUGAAAAUAUCCAAAAAUUUAUGAAAGAAGCUUCUACUUGCAGACUGUUUCCCUUUCAUUUUAAAUAUUGUGGAAACAAUAUUUUUUCCACAAUCUCUGCCUUAAAAUCGUAACUGGCGGACAGUUCCUAAACCAAUUUCUAGUCCCAAUCUAUGAAAAAAAAAUAUCUACAGCAGCAAGAGAUCUACUAAGUUCUCAAAUGGAGCCAUUUGGAAUUUUUCAUUUAAAAUUUGUUUGCCAAAAUAGUUCCUGUGACGCAAAAUGUUCAAAAACUUCUGUUAACGGACAGGACAGUAAUAUACUUAAUUAUUUAUUAUUAUGUAAUGAAUCUCUUGCAUUAAGCGGACAUAUCAUUUUCAAGUAUAGUCCCCCCUGUUCGCCCUAGAGAGCUUUCACUGUAUUUUAGAGGACAUUUCUUAUUGUGGCCAUAAAUCUGAUUACCAAAAAAAAAAGAACAUUUUUAGUUUUAACAGUAGGCAGGCACUCUCCUAACAUUACCAUUAUUCUGUUGCACAGUGUUAAAUCGCCCCCCACCACCCACCCACAAAAAUAGCAGCUGAGAUUCCUGUUUUGUGCCUUGAUUUCAUUUCAGAGAUCAAUGAAGAGAGUGUGGAGCAAUAACAUUGAGAAUCUGCCAGCUAGUUUACGCUCCCAAAUUGAACGCUCUCAUUAUCUCUCUUGUCUUAUGCAAAGCUCUCUCGCUCUCUGGCGCGGCUCUCCUCUCUCUCUCUCUCUGCACAAUAUAUUUCCCCUACUUGUGCUGAAUAACAUUACAUUUCCCCAGCUGGCCCGCAGUCUGUUUCCCCUUUGUUCCAUAUGCUCUUGUGUUCCAACUCUUGUCGGGUGACGUCACUCUGCUUCUGUGUGUGUGUGUGUGUGUGUGUGUGUGUUUUGUCCGAUUUUAUUGUUUCCCAAUCAGACAGCAUGCCAUCGCAGUCGCACGUGCGAAAUUCAAUUACCACCACUUUGACGAACUGUCCAUCACAAAAAGCGGGCGGGCGGCGUCGCACUCGCACUGCUGCGCGCCAAAGAGAGACAACCAUACAGAGGUGGCGAAGCAAACCGUUUGACGAAAGGCGACGACACGAGUUCGUCAAAGUUGGGAUUGGAUGGAGGCGAGAAAGCAAGAGAGAAAAAACAACAAAGUAGGUGGGGGUGUGAACGAGAGACACAGCAACAGCAACAGCGAGAGAUAGAGAGAGAGAGCGCGAGAUAGAGAAGCAGAACUAUUGAGUGGAACGGGUUUUUCGAGUGCACACUCUUGAGUGCGAAUGAGCGAGGCGGCAUUUGAGUGCAAGAAAAAAUAAUAAAAUACACUUUAAAAAUAAAUAAAACUAUUUUUGUUUACUAUAGCUGGAUCCGAUCGUUCCCCUAGCUAUAUUUUAUUUAUUUUUUUAAAAUUAAUUAAAGCCGCAGUUCCUGGUCAACAAAAAGCGUGCCAAAAACCAAAAUCGAAAUAUUCAAAAAUAAUUAUACAAAUUAAAUCAUUAAAAUUUAAGCAAUUUACAAAAACAAAUGCAACGCAGUAUACGUAAAACUCUUGGAAAAACACUUAAACCUAAACU